AUGCUGAGGUUCCUGAUCCUCGCCCUGCUCUGGAGAGGGUCCCUGUCCCAGCAGCCCGGAUUUACCCUGACGGUGCCACAGUUGGUGUCAGUGCAGGAGGGUCUCUGUGUUCUUGUUCCCUGCACCUUCACAUAUCCAGCCUCGUAUGACACCGACAAUCCCCGGGCCCAGCUCUACAGAUACUGGUACAAGGAUCUGGCCGAUGUGCACAAUGAUCCACCCGUGGCCAGCAGUGACCCCAGCCGGAACAUGUCGCAAGACACCCAGGGCCGGUUCCGGCUGACGGGGGAUCCGGCGCCCAGCGACUGCUCCCUGCAAAUCAGCGACGCCCGACGGACGGAUGCGGGGAGAUAUUUCCUUAGAGUCGAGAAAGGAGACUUUAAAUACAGUUACCGCACCAAUAACGAUCACACUUACCCUAUGCUAGAGAUCUCCGUGCCAGGGCUCACGGAGGAGCCAGAGAUCCAGAUCUCGCCGGCGCAGAGGGUGCCAGGGAUGCUGCUGGCCGGGGAGCCAGUGACUGUGACCUGCACGGCCCCUGGGCGCUGCUCCGGGUCCCCUCCCCGAGUCACCUGGAUGGGGCCUUUCAGCGACACAGCCCGGAACGUCUCAGCCCAGCUGGCGAAUGGCACCUGGGCCCACAGCUCCGAGCUCAGCUUCACGCCCGGCCUGGGAGACAAUGGCAAAGAGCUCGUCUGCACCGUCACCUACAGCUCAGCACAGGGACCUUCCACCAGCAGAACCAUCCGGCUCCACGUUGGCUACCCACCCGGGCCCCCCAACAUCACCGGGACUCUGACCAGGAACGGACGCCCCGGUGAGAGGCCGCGCUGUGAGCCCCGGGAACCAAUGAGUGCCUCCUAG